GAAAAACAGAAAAUAAAAUCUAAUAUGAAUAAAAUGAAACAGAAAUAGAGUGCAGCAUUCAUCUGACAAAGAGAGGUUUAAAGUGCAAUACAUCAUGGCGACAAACCUUCGUUUUGGGUUCAAAAAUGGCCAAGCGGUCGGAGGCUCAGAUAGUAUUUAUUCAACCAUAGACAGGUCAUCAUGUUUCACAUUUUGUGCACGCUCUUGGCGAUUCUCAUCGUAACAUUGGCCCAUGCGGCCCCUCAAACUUCUCCAACUAUCGUUCCACAAAUCCGAACUAAUGGCUUCCAAUUGGAACCCCUCAACCAAGAAUACUUUCUCAGAAUUGAACAUCCGGCUGGCACUAUUCGCCAGGAAUCCGUGAAACAGGAUGAAGCCGGUCAUCUGCAAGUCAAUGGAGUGAUCAAUCAGCCUUUUGAGGAUCAGGGUGCCAAUCUUAUCCUCACCUACGAAGCUGGUCCAAAUGGUUAUGUUGCCAAAUACAGCUUUGGCAAGGGUCCGCCAACGCCCCCGCCUGAAACCCCGCUAUUCCUUAGCCCCAGUGCCCUAAAAACCGCAGCUGGUUAAGAUUGAGUCAAGAGUGCCUUAAUACACUAAGAUAAAACAUACUAAGAGUGUCAGAAUAACAAAUAAGUUUUGCACAACCAUAAUAUAU